CUUGAAGAGGAUGUGGAAGACUGGACAAGGUUUAAUAUCUUAAAUGCGGCGGGCAAAGAUAAUUUCCGACUGAAAUUGAAGAAAGGUGUUGUUCCCCAUAUUUUUGAUUGCCAGCCAGAUCGAGUGCAAGCCCAUUCUCAGGAGCUAAGGUCUGCCUUUCGAAAGCGCCAAAUACUAAGUGAGCUCAAGGAUGUCAAUUGGGAUACGAAUGCACGCAAGAACCUUGAGCCAAUUUCCAGUCAUGAAAGUCAAGCUGAACUUGUGCGGGCCUCUGAUGAUAUCCCUGCCUCAAAAUUACCUGCAGUAGCACAAGCAAUGGCAACCCAAACUGAUGGAGGAGUUCUGGAGGAAAACCUGUGGUCGAUUAAUGAAGUUGCAGCCCCAGAACUGCCACCAGCAGAUCCUGUGUCCUCUCCAACUCCUCUUGAACACUCGCAGCUGUCAAGUGGUUCAUCUUUCAUGAGUUCCUCUUUCAACCACUCUGUUCUUGCUGACGCAGCAUGCCAGGUCAGACCUCACUUUCGCAGUAAAUGCAUUCAGAUACAACCCAAAACUGAAGACAAGAAAGUACAAACAAUGGGCUCCUGUAUGUGCUUCAGCAAUGUGCAGAAUGAAGAAAUGGAAAUUAGUUUUGAAGAGGACCAGGACGUCGAAUCGCAGUUGAAUAAAAGUAGUGGAAGUAUAUUUUCUUUAAAUUCUUCUGCUUUGGAUGCUGGCUGUGCGGAUGAAGAUACCUCAGAAGAUGAUGAAAUGGCUUUAAACUACUUGAAGGCUUCAUAUUGCGACUCCACUUUGAGCAUCAUGGAGCUGCAACCCAGACUUUUCUUUGGAAUUGAUCCUGUAAAUAUGUCCAUUAUUUCUUUCCUUCAGAAUUACGGAAAGUUGUCAAAAUCAGAAAUAUACAUUUCAUUACGAAAGAUACGUUUGAAGGAGCCUAAUAGCUUGUUAUCGCUGUAUUUCAAUUUAAGUCCUAGCUCGAUUUCAAGAAGUAUUAACAAGGCGAUGCCUAUUAUGGCCGCGUUUUUAAAGUCAUUUAUUUUUUGGCCUAAUAGGGAACUGAUUCAGAAGAAUGUGCCGCCAGCUUUUUUUUCGAAGUAUUCAAAAGUAGAGAGCAUCAUCGAUUGCUUUGAAAUUCAAAUUCAGAAGCCAUCAGAUGCCGAGAAGCAAGCAGCGACAUGGUCUAGCUAUAAAGAUUGCAACACUGUUAAAUAUUUAAUCAGCAUGACCCCAGAUGGCCUUGUCAAUUUUGUGUCUCGGGGCUACACAGGUCGAGUAAGCGAUCUGGCAAUAGUGAGGAAAAGUGGUUUCAUGGAUGUCUUAAGAGAGGGAACUGUGGUGAUGACUGAUCGAGGUUUUAAGGAAGUAGAAGCUGAAUUACGUAAAAAGAAAUGUAUACUAGUAAGGCCACCAAGUGUCGCCAAAGAUACUAAACACACAGAAGAAGAGGUCAAGCUGACAAAGUCAGUAGCAAGCCUCAGAAUUCACAUUGAAAGAGCCAUUAGACGGGUUAGAGAAUACAAAUUCCUUGAGCCUCACUCAACGAUAAAUCAUAAUUCCCUAGGUAUCAUUAAUCAUGCUGUCAACAUAGGUUGUGCUCUUGUUAAUUUACAAGGGCCAUUAAUCCGAUAGGCUGAUUACAGUUCCUUUGUCAGGGGUAAAAUUACAGUUGAGUCUGCUAGGCCCAGACAGCUCUCCAAUUUAAUGAACCAAUGAAUGCAUCUCAAUCUUGUCUCUUGACUUAAAGUCAAAGUCUACUUUGAAAGUAAUGAGAUAGUAGGUUUAAUUUUUUUUUUUUUACUCCCCUUACACAAGCAUUAGCCGUACCUUAAAAAAUGAAGUUUCUAAGUUUACUGUGUUUGUUUGUAAGUUUACAGUUUUCAAUGAAAACCAAUAAAUCAAGUUUAAUUUUAAUUGUGUUGUAAUUAAUGUAUGAUUAGUAGAACUUUAAAGCCUCUAAGUUGAAACA